GUCGAUAUAGAGGAAAUGUUGGAAAGAAAACCAGCCUCAACAAUGGAAGGAAAAUGUUUGCGUGCAUGUCUAAUGAAAAAGUUCGAAAUGAUGGACACCUCUGGAAAAUUUGCCACAGAAAUUGCUUUGAAACAUGCCGAAAAAGUAACCGAUGGCAAUGCUGAUAAAAUGAAAGUAGCUUCGGAAAUAAUUAAUGCAUGUGCCAACAUUCAAGUCUCAUCGGAUCAUUGUCAAGCAGCUGAAGAUUAUGGCAAAUGUUUUAAGCAGCAGGCUAAUGCUCGUGGAAUCGAUGAAAAUUAUCAAUUUUAA